UACACACUGUAAAUAUCUUCUGCUAUUGUGUUAACUGAUGCGCAAAUAAUGUGACAUUUGUUUUCAAUUUACAAUAUUUCAUUCCUAUUCAUUCUUCGCGAGUUGAUAUCGUUUCACUCGGUUUCAUGUGGAUUAUUGUGGUUAAGCAAUUGUAUUGAGUUGACGUAACAUUCAAACAAUUCUUGUAAAUAGUGAUAACUUUAUCAGUUAAUGAUGAAAAUAAACUUUGUAAAUAUUAAGUGGUUAUCACGUGUUGCCGGGAUCGAGAGUGAUGCAACUAAAGAUAUACUGACACUGAGCAGAUUGUUUAGACAUGUUGCAACGGAUGCAGCACCUGUGGCUUCCCAGGUGACAGGCAAAAAUACUGAUGUGAGCAGUAGGCCACUAGUGGACCUGAUAGGACGUCGCCACAACUACCUGCGUAUAUCACUUACAGAACGAUGUAAUUUACGGUGCCAGUACUGCAUGCCGGCGGAGGGCGUGGCGCUGUCGCCGCGGGCGGCGCUGCUGUCCACGGCCGAGGUGCUGCGGCUGGCGCGCGUGUUCGCGUCGCUGGGCGUGGACAAGGUGCGCCUCACCGGCGGCGAGCCCACGCUGCGAGCCGACCUCGCCGACAUCGUCCGGGGUCUGAACGAGAUAGAAGGCAUCCGCAGCGUGUCGAUGACGACGAACGGGCUGGUGCUGACGCGGCGGCUGCCGGCGCUGCAGCGCGCGGGGCUGGCGGCCGUCAACGUGUCGCUCGACUCGCUGCGGCCCGACCGCUACGAGCGCAUGGCGCGCCGCCCGGGUCUGUCUCGCGUGCUAGCUGGCGUGGACCUCGCACUGCAACUCGGCUACCGACCUGUGAAAAUUAACACUGUGCUCAUGAGGGGUUUCAACGAUGACGAAAUUUUGGAUUUUGUUGAAUACACACGCGACAGAGAAAUAGAAGUAAGGUUCAUCGAGUUCAUGCCGUUCUCGGGCAACGGCUGGGACGACUCGCGGAUGGUGCCGCAGCGGGAGGCGCUGCAGGCGGUGCGCGCGCGCCACGCCGCGCUGCAGCCGCAGCCGCCGCGCCUCCACGACACCGCCACCGUGUGGCGCGUGCCGGGCUACGCAGGCUCGGUGGGUUUUAUCUCGUCCAUGACGCAGAACUUCUGCAGCUCAUGCAAUCGCCUUCGCAUCACCGCCGACGGCAACCUCAAGGUGUGCCUGUUCGGCGCGGCGGAGGUGUCGCUGCGCGCGGCGCUGCGCGGCGAGGCGGGCGCGCCGGCCGACGACGCCGCGCUGCGCCGCCUCGUGCGCGCCGCGCUGCAGCGCAAGCGGCCGCGCCACGCCGGUACGUAUGGACAAUCUCGCGCGCAUGGACAACCGCCCGAUGAUUCUCAUAGGCGGCUAGCGGCCGCGGCCGCCCUCCUCGCCCGCCGUCGCGGCUCUGUGGGGACGUUCGCAGCGCGCGGCUACUGCACGCGCGCGGCCGACGGCGGCGGCGGCGCCUUCACGCACCUGGACGCGGACGGCCGCGCGCACAUGGUGGACGUGGGCGGCAAGCCGGUGACGGCGCGCGCCGCCGCGGCCGAGUGCCGGCUGGUGGUGGGCGGCCGCCUGCUGCGGCUCCUACGCGACGCGCGCCUGCCCAAGGGCGACGCGCUGGCGGCCGCCGAGCUGGCCGGCGUGCUGGCCGCGAAGCGCACGGCCGAGCUGAUCCCGCUGUGCCACCCGCUGCCGCUGGACGCGGUGCGCGUGCGCGUGUCGCUGCCGCGCGGCGGCGGCGGCGGCGGCGGCGGCGGCGGCGCGCUGGUGGUGCGCUGCGACGUGCGCGUGACGGCGCGCACCGGCGCCGAGAUGGAGGCGCUGGUGGGCUGCGCGGUGGCGGCGCUCACGCUCUACGACAUGUGCAAGGCGGUGGACCGCGGCAUGCGCCUCACCGACCUGCGCGUCGUGCGCAAGACGGGCGGCGCGAGCGGCGACUGGGCCGAGCCGCCGGCCGGCGCGGACGGCGCGGCCGCGCCGAGCCGCGGGAGGCGGUGAGCGCGCGGCUGCGCGAGGCGGCGCGGCGCCGCGGACAGCUCGACGCCGGCGAGACAUACGUUCCCACGAACUUGACGCACUUCUGACGGGGACGGCGCACCGGGCGAAAAAAUAAUCGCGUCGAGUCGACGCGACCCCGUAGUUUUCGUUAAUAAGCAAUGGUUUUGUGAUUUAAUAUUUUCUUAAAUGUGAUGUAAUACGUGUUUGUAUGUUAAAAAAAAGUCCAGGUACAGCCGGCGACCUGUACACCUAGAGAACUCGCAUCGUACAAAAUAAAUUUGAUAUUUUCGAUUAGAUUACGGAAGGGAUUCCACGUUGAAUUGGUUGUUAAGCAACCAUUAGUAUUCACAUUUGGAUCGUCAGAGAUAAUCCCGUGACGAGUUCGGUAGCAACUCCUAGGUGUUCUAGAUACAUUCCCUGUCUCGAUAAGAUACAAUAUAUAUUUUUAUACCAUCUCUUUAUAAAAAAGAGAAUAAUUGUCUAUGAAGUGAUAUUAUUACAUAAUAUCUUUAUUUAUAAGUAAUAUUGCGCAAGUGUUCGGUGCACUGUGCAGCGGCGCAUGUGUUUGCUAACUGGUUAAUGAGCUGUGCUGUUGACGAGCGGCGCUGUCUCGUACUGUUCAACAUGUAACGAGGCUCGUUCAGGCGUGUCACGGCAGCGUUUGUAUUCUGUACGACGAAUAUAAUUACUUUGAUCUUGUUCUGAGGAACUGGGGAAAGUAGUCUCGCUUCUAUCACAGUUUCAGGGUUCCGGGUUGAUAUACGUUAACCGACUAAUUGUAGGUAAUAUACAUGCACAAAUGUAGGAAUGCAUUAGUAUCAAGUUGUAGAGGUAACAUUUAAAUCGGUUUCCAUUAUUUUGAUAUGUUUUCUUUGUUUCAGAAAUAGUUUAGAAUUUAUUUAUUAUUUACAACAUCUGAGAAUUAAACCUAUAAAUAUAUAGGUAGGCACACGAAAUGUUUUCAACGGAUCAAAUGUGUCCGGAUAGUAUAGCGUUGUGUGCGGGAAGCGCUAAUGCUUCUGAUAACACGAACAGGACGUUGCUACUACGUUAAAUUAAAGAAACAUUAAUACAUUAAAUAUACUUGAACACGAUUUUAAUACUGCUUAACAUGCACGGUAACAAUUUCACGUAUACAGCCAUCUAUUUUUAGGUAGAUUUUUUUUUCAUUUAUUCGCAACAAUACUACAUUGUGUUUGAAUAACUAAAAACAUGAAAGUGACAGGAGCCUAUGAAUAUUUAUGCACGAGGUUGUAACACAGUUGUGUGUGUAUUACCUAUGCGUGUAUCAGGGGUACAUCCCAGAAUCAAGAACGAAGCAUUUCGUGGGCAAAGACUUGUCUAGGAGUAAUCUACUCUUUCUUAAGGGACUAGCCCCCCCCCCCCUCCGCCCCUUUAAUAACGUACUUAUAAAUAAAUGAUUGACUUCUACGUAUUUGUUCCAAAGAUAGGUACUUAUUGUUUGUCCUUCAGCAUCUGUCACGCUUUACACUUGGCGUACGUACACUUUGCGGCGUUUUACGCCGUAAUUAAUGAGACACGAGCGCCGGUAAUAAAAUUUUGAAAAGAGAAUGGUACGUACUGUGUGGUGUACCAUUUAUAAUAUUGUUUAAUUAUGAAUAAAUACCAUAGUAUUUUAUAUAAUGCAACCGCAUUUCAUUAAAAAUUUUUAUACACUGGAAAUAGCAAACAAACUGAUAAUUCACUGGAUGGUGCCUCAGUGGUUACCGUCGCCUAUAGACAUGAACAGCAGCAUUCGUAUACUUCACGAGUUACGGCUGAUGGAACGAGACAACAUAAUUAAGUAUAGUUACAACAGUAUAGUUUUAUAAUGAUUAUAUACCUACGUACUUGGGUAUUGUUGAAAUUAACAUUUUGUAAACUGGACCUUUAAAAAGUAAAAAAAAAAUUAUCUGCACUCCUUUUUGUGAAAGGGUUUUAAUAGUAGGUAGAUGCUUUUUACUGAUCUGAAAAUCUUCGAAUGUCCAAGCACUCGGUAAAAAGCUUUUACUUACUUUGAUCAUUGCUUUUCUCGAUCGUGUUGAUUUAGAAAGUGGUAUCUGUUUAUGAAUAUUGGUAAGACUGUUUCUAUUAAAUAAAUGAAUAAGAAAGUUGGCCGAUUUAUACUGUGUUAAUAAUUUGGUAACUAUAUUUUUGGUGCUAUGUUAUUGAAUAAAUAUUUUUACAAAGGGGA